AUGAAGGGUGAAGAACUGGCGAUUUCUACUCAAAAGAACGUUCAAGAAACUCCAAUGACAGAUGAAGACAAGAAUUCGGGAGUGGCAGUCAGAGACGAGACCCCAACUUUUUCGCCUAAUAUCUCUUUCGAUACACAGGAAAACAAUGAGGUACUCCCACUCUCUGCAGCAAAUCUUAUCAGGAGCACAGAGAAGGGAGAGCAGCGUAUCCUAGCUAGAGUUGAAAACUCGCACAGUCUUCCCGGCCAUGAAAUGCGAGAAGUGAUCAUGACCAGAAGGAUCAAAAAAUGGCUCACCCAAACUGAUCCCCAAGAUUGCAAUGAAGAAACCGAGUCAGAUAGGAUUCGCAUCAGCGAUGGAAAGAUGGACGGCGGCGUCAAGAUUUGUCCAGAAGAGAACGUGCAGGAUCACACAGACGCUGCGAGCUCUAACCCCUACAUCAUAGAGCGCACCGAGAGAGUUGCCGCUGCAAAGGAAAGAAUUUCUAUUCUGAAACGGCGAAACAGAAUUCGACCUGGCAUUUUCCUUUUCUUGCGUCACGCCAUGCACAUCGAUGCAGAAGGAUUGGCAGGAGUCGUCAACUCGUACGUCCAAUGCUCAGCAUAUACUCUCGAAACGAAGCUUGUCUCCGUACACGACAUUUAUCAACGCAUCAACGACUCACGCAGCCAAGAACUCCCCUUCAUCGUUGCCAUAAAGCAAUCGGAAGAAAAAGACUUCGAUACCCGAGUACCGUGGGGCAGAAUUUUGGGGUUUGUGCGCCUCACCAACUUCCUACAAGGCCAAUCUUCGGUCUCAAACACUGCCCAAAUGGAGAUUAUUGUUGCUCAGAACAGCAAAGGUCAAAAGGUUGGCCGUUGUUUGAUGGACGCGAUGCUGACGAUUGCUGAUCCGAACUAUUCUCCCCAGGGAGGAUACCUGUUUGAAAGCAACAUCCCCAACGACACCAUGAUUAACGGUGCAUCCUGGAGCUGUCGCCCCUUGGACAAUAUCGUGGCGAUGAUGAGCCACCUGAAUCAGGAAAAAGCUAGAAGUCAUAUGGUUGAACAGUGGCUGAAGAAGGAGCACAAAUUCGCCCAGAAAGGUUAUCUGCCACACAUCGCUAUGAAAUUGGGACAGUUUGUGAAUAUCAGCAUUCUUGUCCGCGAGAUCUCAAACCCGACGCCCAAGGACAGUAGUACUGGUGCCGAGAACAACGCCACAAGUGUCAACGGAACCGCAUCAUCGCAAGCUGCUCCUGUUUCCACCAAGAGGAGGUUAUCAGCUGCUGGACUAGAUGGAGAUUUGCCAUCAUCGACAAUUGCAGCUCAGAAUAAGCCGAGGCUAGCGACAGGCUCUCGUGGCUUCGGAGAUGAAAUUGCAACCAUCAACAAAGACCGCGUCGCGGCGUCAGCAGCAAAUGGACUGAUGAUACCCUCCAAAUGCAGGUACAUCGGACGCCACUCGGCAGUCGCAUUUCCUCAAUGGCUAGGCAAGAAUCUACAAUCCAGAAGUCCGCCCAGAAUCCACUCCUUCGCAUACAACACCGGCAUCAGAAAAGAGCUUCCGUAUUCCGUCUCUUUUCAUAUCCAGGACUACAUCACCUGGGCUGAAGUGCAUGAUUCACUCGACAUCUACGCAACUGUAAUCGACCCCGUCUUUGGAUUUGUCGAUAUCGAAGAGUUACGACGCAAAAGUCACGACCACUGGAACGGCAAGGAUCAAGGAUGCUACUUUGAGGCCCUGAUUAGCGGUGUUAUAGGUCUUGCGUCGCUAUUCUCACAGGUACUCUGCGAAGUCCGAGAGUUGAGGGUCAUUCAACAUGCAAAGGAUAUCCUCGAUGAUCCAUUUGUGGUUCGAUACCCGCGUCUCGCGACGAUUCAAGCUUGGAUUUUGCGGGUUAUUUAUAUUCGCUCCACGAGUCGGCCUGGAGCAGCUUGGAUGUAUAGUUGUAUCAUGAUGCAUUUGUGUGAGGCGAUUGGCGUGUACAAAGAACGGGAAGCUCUCGAGGAUGUGGAAGGGAAUUACUCCCUGGCUCAUUUCAGGGAUAUGUGUGCGCGAGUCAUGAUGGUUGCGCGCUGUCUUCACCUCAUUAUCUCGUAUGAACAUGGCCGGUCAACGGUCGACGUCGGCCCUGUGCUCGAGCAUAACAUUAUCAAGCGCGGAGAGACAGACAUGACGCUUCAACUACACGCACUCGUCGACACUCUCCCGUCUGACGAUACCACGAUUAUCAGUAACCAAGACCAUCCCACGCGCAGACAAGAACUCAUCACUGCCCUUACAUCCCUAAUCUCAACCCCAACGACCCACGAAUUUUUGAGUCUUAUUAAAGCCGAUCUCUGCUUCUGCAUAUACAGACGCCUCCGCCUUCUGGAUCUAGGCAUUAAACAAGAGCAAAUCACCCAAAUAAUCCAAGCCGGCAAAACAGCCCUUCCAGCUUCCCGCAUUCUAAUAUUGAGGAAUCAUCCUUGGUGGAACACUGUGGGGACGGUGUUUCAAUUCAUCUGUGUCUUGUUGGCGAUUGAUUCUAGCGAAAGUUUGGCGACGAUACCGGAGGCCAUGGAGACCCUGGCGACGAUCACAAAGCAUCUAAAGACGCAUUUGGCGGAUGAGGCGUUGGGGACGGUGAGGGUUCUGGUGAGGUCUAUGACGGAGAAGAAGAGAAGGGAGGCAGCAGUCCUAGAAAAGACGACGAAUCCGGAGACUUAUGCUGCGCCUUCAACUACUAGUACGACGAAUACAGAGAACGAAAGGCAGAUAACUUCGGUGACGAAUGAUAAUCAUAAUGAGUCGGAUGUUAAUGGAAAUACAGCAGCAGCCGAGACGAAGCUAGGUGCUGUCCAGGAAGCAGAGAACCCCGUACCGCCGCAAGAUUUGAAUAGCCUUUUGGACUUUAUGGAUCCUCUCUGGAAUUGGGAUUCAUUCUUUGAGCCUCCCCUAGCGACGAUGCAGAGUGCGCCGUUCAGUGAAGGAAGUCUUCUUUGA